AUGCCAUCAAACCUGGAGAAAAUUUCCCAACACCUAGGCCCUAAAAACACGAGUCGAAAAUCAAACCGCGAAGUUGCGUUCGACUUGUUCCCCCUUUGCGUCGGAAUCACGAGCGAGUUGAAAUCGAGAAGUCCCCGAUACGAGAACCGCGACCACCGAAACGACAGUCUCGUAAGACAUCUAGACUCCGCCGCGUUGAGCGAAAUACGGAUAUGA